UCCUCAGCCUUACCAGAGUCAGACUCCGCCACUUCCAAACAGAACAGGGCCAUGGCAGUCCCCCUAUCCCUGUGGCUACCCCUGGGGCUGUCUCUGUGCUGCGCCCUGCACUUCUCUUCUGCCAGCUCUAUACGUUACAGAGACAACUGCAUGGUCUUUGACAAGGUCUUCACCGCCAACGACUCCAGCCUCAAGGUGAGCUCAGACGUCUUAGAGAACAUCACUGUCUACACAGUGUGGGUUCCUGUGAAUGACAAGGACAGCGCCGUGGUGCUGCGGGCCGUGGACAAGAACAACCGCUCAGUGGGCCUCUGGCAGGACGCGGAUGAGGACUGCAACAGCAGCGCCCUGUAUCACGUGACUCGCUUCAAGCGCACACUCUUCAAGGCAAACUGGAUAGUUUCUAAUUCUGAGGACUUAACUGAGGUCGAGCUGCAAGUCUUCAAUGUCGAUCUCAACAACACAGCUACAUUUUCUUCUCUGAAACUGGGGGGAAAAGUGAUAACCACACCCUGGACCUCCACCUUCACGACUUCUGGGAACAACCUGACCACAACUAUGACCACAACCAUGAACACAACCGUGACCACAACCCUAGCCACAACCAGAAGCUUCGCCAUCCGAGUGCUCAGCAGCCCUAUUGCAGGUGCCGUUCAUAUGCUGCUUGUUUUUCUCACCAGCAAACUUCUCUUCUAAAGGAAACAGGCAGCGAUUGCUCCACCUGGGGGCGUCCCCCAUGCUCAGGUCCCAUGCCAGUCGGAACCGGGCUGGACUGUUUGUGUGUGUGUGUGUGUGUGCGCGCGCGCGCGCGAAGGCUCCGUCUUCUCCAGUGUGCAUCUCCACUGCACUGCCUCAGACCACAGACCCAGGGCACUCACUGGAGCACCUGGGUCACACGGAUGUUCAACUGGAUCUUUCAGGACACAAAUUAUGCUUUUUGUAAAUACUUAGACCUCGUCUGACUAUCACCUGGAGUUCUGCCUCUCAGUUUAACACGUUGACAGACAGUCUGAGCUUUUGCUCAUUACCGAAGGAUUCCUCUGCACACCCCCACCCCGGAGUUUCUGGGGAAAGAACCCUUUCUUCUUUUUAAGACAAUCACAGAUUUCUGAUCAAACCUGCUCAGGUUACACUCUGUGACUCCCACACUCCGGAGGAAAGGGAAAAGGAGAAAUAGCCCUGAGGCUACCGGCAGCUUCCAUCUGAUCCUCGCCAGUAGCUUUUGAAGAGCAAGAGAACAGGAAGAUACAAUGUCUGAGCCGGGAAAACACGACAGGAAAAAUUAUGUCAUAAAGGCAUUUUUUCCUAAGUUACAUCAAGUGAAUGCUACGCCAAAUAAAAAUGAUGAAUGUGUUAAAUUCAAAGAUAAGUCUUUAGAGAAUGAUUAACUUAAAAUACAGAGAAUUCUAGUUUUAUUCAUUUAGGUCUUAAAAAAUUAAUGAAAUGAGUGUGUGUAUGUUUUUAAGGUUAAACCUAAGGAUGAAUUUAUCUUGGUUUUUAUUUUCCUCAAGUACAAACUUGUCAUUUUCCUCCUACUAGUAAUUUCCACUAAAAAAAAAAAUGUGCAAAAUACUUACAAUAUUUAUAGUACAAUGUAAAACCCAAAAAGAGAACCCAGGGCAUUUCCAGUAAUAAGCUUAAAAUAAGCAACAAAGUUUUAAUGAUUAUGGUAAAUUCUAGGGUGCCAGCAUUCUUUCGAUCUCUAAAUUCAUGUGCCUUUUACAAGUUUGGACCCCAUGUUACCCGCUCCUCCUUAGGAAAACUCAGAUGAUAUUCCUUACCACUCCCUGUUAUUUGGAACAAAUACUUAGUCUGCUUAUUCAUUAAGGAUUGACUUAAGAAGUAACCUGCCACAGAGACAGGUUGGCUGUGGUUCUUUUCUAGUGUCCAAAGAGGUCACAGAGUGAACUAAACAAUGAAUUUUCCCAUUCAAGAUUAUCCAUCUGCUAAUUUUGGGUCUGGGAAAAGUGGUGUGCUCCUAAACUCUUCAGAGAUAAUGCUCCUGAGGUUGAUGUCACGCCAACCUGAGGGAGAAGCAACAACGGUUCCUGCAAAAGGGUGAGCAAUUUUAUGGAAUGAGGAAGAGUCCAUAAAUAUCCAUUUGUCAACAUGUAUCUUCUACUUCAUGAUCGUUAAUAUUUAAUAGCAUAAGAAAUAUAUUAGUUUUUAUAUCACAAAAGUUCCUGCUUAGAGCUGGGUGCAGUGGCCCAUGCCUAUAAUCCCAUCGACUCGGGAGGCUGAGGUAGAAGAAUCGAGAGUUCAAAGCCAGCCUCAGCAAUGGCAAGCGCUAA